AUGGAUCAACCUUCCCCAGAUUCUCUGGGCCGUGACUCUUCUCCAGAUGCUCCCCGGAGUCUAUUGAUGCCGUCAAGGAGUGUCCGGUCUCUUCAAGGCCCUAUUUCCCGGGCGGAUCGAGGACCGACAUUGCAUACCAGCAGAACAUGGACGACCAGCAGUGGCGAUCAUGGUAUCAUGAGUGAUACAGACGAAUGGGAAGACCGCGCAUCGUUUGUCCAAGAGUACAAUCGCCUCGCGACCAAGCACGGGGUAAGGAUCUUGGUCAUUGAGGACUUUGACUUUCGGAACUCUACAAACCAGCCUACAAGCCCUCGCAAACCAUCAUGGCUCCGGCGCAUCCUACGGUCCGUCUCUAGUCAGCCCACGCCGAUGAAGCCACCGGCACAUCAACUUCCCCGUCACAAGCGAAGCGUCUCGGACUUUGCCCACAGUCUGCUACACCGCAACGAAUCCCCCAAGAGGCUUGAUCUCCAGACAAUGGUACGAAUCUGCGGCAAGAGUACGCUCUAUCUUCCCUCCGAGCACGCCCCGUCUGCUCUCAUCCUACCGACAAGCAUCCGUGCUACUGCGCAUUACCUCUCUCAAAAUGUUCCGACUCGAGGCAUCUUUCGCAUUCCAGGGUCCAUUCGGGUUGUCAAUACCCUAUACGACUAUUACUGUUGCAUAGAACAUGGCAAUGUUGGCAUCACGGGCACUGUCCGAUGUCCUACUCUGCCAACGCAUGUUCAUGCCUCUGUCAACGAUGUCGCUUCAACCUUCAAACGUCUUCUCUCGGUCAUACCUGGUGGUAUUCUGGGGUCACUAUCUCUCUUUGAUGCUUUUGUUGCCGUCAAUUCCCAGCUCCAAGGAGAUCCUGAGCUCACUCGCACGAAACAGUCUCGGGUACGGGCACGACUUAUUGCACUGGCCGUCGCAACAGUUGAGUCGCAGUUUCGAAGAGAGCUCAUCUGCGCUGUAUUUGGGUUGCUCAGCUUGAUUGGACGACACGCCGAGACUACACCAAGGGAAGAUGAAUCAGGACAUCCAUUGCCGACUACAGACUUGAUGGGAUACAAUGCGCUUGGCAUCGUCUUUGGGCCACUCCUAUUGGGAGACAUGCUGGAACACUACACCAUGAAACUGGCCACCCCGAAAUCAGGACUAUUGGUGCUUCCCUUGAGAUCCCCGAAACUACACAAAGACCGCCGCAGGGGAAGGGCAUCAGAGACCAAGGACUCACGCCCUCCCACGGUAGACAAGAUCCACAUUGCAAAUACUAUUGCAGAGAUGCUCAUCUCCAACUGGAGGGAUGUGGUACGGCAGAUGAAGUCUCUGGACGUUCAUCGACAAGAAGAGUUGCCCAACCCUGGCCGGCAACACGAGCCUUUGCCAUCAUCACAGUCCAACUUCGUCCUUACCAAACCUCGAGGCUGGGAUCAGACCUGGAGCAGCGGACACGAAGAGAUACCUAAAGAGGGAAGUCCAAGUUUGGCAACGCCAACGCCCGGAGUAUCAAGACAACGAUCGAGGAGCCACAGUAGUCCAAGAUCAACGAGACCUGUUACGCGACCUAGCGUUGGUAUUCUCAGUCCGACUGUCGAAGAGACCAGCCCAGAUGAUGGUAGUUCUCGAGAUGCAAAGAGCCUGGCCAGACGCCAUGUCCCUGGUAAAGAGAAGGAUGGCACGCCCUACCGUCGACCUGGGCAUGUCAACACCUCGUCGAGACCAGAAUCCAUGCCACCUCUUGUGCAGAGAGCCGGCUCUACUAGAUCUAGAGAGACUGGAGAGACCCUAGCAGAUGUUCUGAGUGGCAAGCUGGGGGAGUCGACACUGCUGGGCUUCUCGAGAAGGUCCAGCUUGCCUUCUCGCCUGCAAUCGAAGCAAAGACCAGAUACCACGAAUACCUCCAAACCCAAGCCCCCCAAAGCAUCCAAGGAUGUUCCCAUUGAGCGAAAGAAUGCGAUACGAAGGAAGAAGAACCCAGCAAAAGAUAAACAUCGAAAGAAAUCUGGUCAUCAACCAAUUGCUGUCGAGUGGCCAGAGACAACUACCGAAUCAUCAACAGCGACAGACUUUCGCGACUCUCAAUCUAUUCAUCUCGAGUUCUCGUCAGAACAAGAGGCCCUGGAGGCAGCGAUUAAAGCUCAUGCCGAGGAGAUGAAGCAGUUGGAGGCGUUGGAUGCAGCAGAGCAGCAAAGAAACUCUGUUGCCAGUCACCACACUGAGAGGCAAGGACUUCCGGACAUCAAGAUGGGAGAGUCCAUUCAGAACGGCGAGAACACUUACUUUGCUUCAAAUGUGGUUACACAACGAGACAGCAAAGCACCUGCGGACCAUGCUUCCCUUGUACCAACGCCGAGGGAGUUUUACUCGCCGAUGCAAACACCUCUCACUCUGACCGAAGAGAAUGUUUCGUGUCAUGGGGUGUCUUCUCCCGAGGUUCUUAGAGCGGCCUAG